AUGGGUUUCACUCGCGCUGUCGAAGACCGUCCUACCCCCAAAGAAGUCUACAAUUAUCGAAUAUAUCUUCUUACCUUUUCCUGCUGUCUCGGCAGCUGGAUGUUCGGCUACAACAACGGUGUCAUAGCAGGAGUUCUCGUCCUUCCAGCUUUCGUCGGUGACUUCCACCUUCCUGACUCUGGCACCUCUUCAUACAAUAAUAUCAUUGAGAAUAUCGUUUCUUUGCUACAAAUUGGAGGUCUUGUUGGUGCCAUGUCGACAUUUCCCUGUAUGAAACAUUAUGGCAGAAGAAUUGCAUUGGCUUGUGCUGCUGUGGUGUUUUUGCUUGGCGCUCUGUUACAGACAGUUUCUUACGGCAAUCUUUCCAUGAUGUACGCCGGCCGGUUCAUAACUGGUCUCGGGGCCGGAUCAGUUACGGUCACAGUCCCUCUGUACAUUGCUGAGCUUUCACCUCCUUCAAUCCGAGGCUCACUAGUUGGCAUCUACGAAAUUAACAACCAACUUUCCUCGCUGAUGGGCUACUGGUGCAACUACAUAGUCAACGAAUAUAUUCCGGGCACCGCAAGUCGACAAUGGCAAAUCCCCCUUGCCAUGCAAAUCAUUCCGUCAGCUCUUCUAAUCAUCGCUUCACUGCUCAUCUUGCCAGAAUCUCCCCGCUUCUUGGUCAAGAAAGGAAAAGAGUCUCAGGCUCGAAAGGUCCUCUCUUUCGUUCGACACCUGGAACCAGAGCACGAAUACAUCAACCUCGAAAUGGAAGAGAUUCUCGAAGCAAUUCAGCGACAGGAUACUCCUAUCCCGGUCCCAGGACAGGAGAAGAGUCGACUUGGGCUGUUCCGAGAGCUGUGGUGGAAGGGAAACAGGAAUCGGGUAUUGAUUGGGCUAGGAUUAAUGUUCGGACAGAAUUUAACAGGUAUUAAUGGUAUGAACUUCUAUACGCCUGAGAUCUUUAGGAGUAUCGGCUUCAGUGGGACGAAUAUCGACCUAAUUGCCACAGGCAUGUACGCCCUCGUUAAAACUGUCGCAACGAUACUCGCUCUUGUAGUCUUCAUCGACCGUGCAGGUCGACGAAAAUUGCUGAUAGCAUCCUCGAUCGGAACAUCGUUGGCUUUAUGGUAUAUCGGUGGUUUCGUCACUGCGAAACACAUCGACCUCACUCAAGCUCAGGAGAAGAGUGUUCCUGGUUGGGUGGCUAUUGUCUGUGUUUAUAUAUAUGCUGCAUCUUUUUCCAUAGCCUGGAACGGAGUAGUCUGGGUCUACUGUGCCGAAAUCUUCCCAUCUCGUAUAAAGGAGCUCGCUAUGUGCCUCAUCGUCGCUUCCCAAUGGCUCUCCCAGUUCGCCGUUGCCCGCGCUUCACCAUCCAUGCUCAGUGCUCUCCACGGAGGUUUCUUUUUCUUUUUCGCAACAUGUAUAACCAUAAUGGGUACUGGCGUCUUCUUCCUCCUUCCAGAAACAAAAGGGAGAACAUUAGAAAGAAUGGAUGAGAUCUUUGGGACGGCACGGGAGAGAGGAAUCACUAGCAAGCAGGCUGGUGAUGUAAAAGCUUCUACAGAGAAGGGAAAUGUGGAGGGGCCAGUGAGGACUGAUGGGAUGGAGAUUGCGGAAGUAAGACCUUCUGGCGAAGUAUAG